CAAUCACAUUGUGCAAAGCGUCCUAAGCUGACGUCAACCCGGUACCGAUGAACAACCGGUAGCUUUGAGAAGAAUCGUGUGGUCGCUGAGGUUUUGUCCCUUAAUUCCCCACAAACCGUUCAAGCAUCAUGCCUUUCGAUGUUAGGAGAUUCGACAUCUACAGGAAAGUACCAAAAGAUCUCACCCAGCCCACAUACACAGGAGCUUUCAUUUCCAUCCUCUGCUGCGUCUUCAUACUUUUCCUCUUCCUCUCAGAGUUGACGGGAUUCAUAGCUACUGAAAUUGUAAAUGAACUGUAUGUGGAUGAUCCAGAUAAAGACAGUGGUGGGAAGAUAGAAGUGAGUUUAAACAUCAGUUUGCCAAACUUACACUGUGAUUUGGUGGGGUUGGAUAUCCAAGAUGAGAUGGGCCGCCAUGAGGUCGGCCACAUUGACAACUCAAUGAAAGUUCCUCUCAGCCAAGGAGCCGGUUGCCGCUUUGAAGGAGAGUUCACAAUCAACAAAGUGCCAGGAAACUUCCACGUGUCCACACACAGCGCCACAGCCCAGCCCCAAAAUCCUGACAUGACCCACAUUAUCCACAAGCUGGCCUUUGGGGAAAAGCUUCAGGUGCAAAAAGUCCAAGGCGCCUUCAAUGCUUUAGGCGGAGCUGACAGGCUGUCCUCUAAUCCGCUCGCCUCACAUGACUACAUCCUGAAGAUUGUUCCAACAGUUUACGAAGAUCUGUCGGGCAAACAGAGGUUCUCCUACCAGUACACGGUGGCAAACAAGGAGUAUGUUGCUUACAGUCACACGGGCAGGAUCAUACCGGCCAUCUGGUUUCGAUACGACCUGAGUCCAAUCACAGUAAAAUACACAGAGAGGAGGCAGCCCCUUUACCGCUUCAUCACCACUAUCUGCGCCAUCGUGGGUGGGACAUUCACGGUGGCGGGCAUCAUUGACUCCUGCAUAUUCACCGCCUCCGAGGCCUGGAAGAAGAUUCAGAUUGGAAAGAUGUCCUGAGGACUACUCCAACAACCCUCCUCCCCGGACCCCCAUCCCCCCCGUGACUUAUUUAUAAGUGCAAAGUAGCCUGUUAGCUAAAUCCAAUCCUGCUUCGGCCAACUUCCUUGUAGAGAAGGUAUGGUGGUGACCAGGGAAGGGGUUCCAGCACUGUGUGGAUCUCACUAUCAGGCUACACGCUUCCAUCUCAGUUACUGACACGACCCUCAGGCUCGCUGUGUUCUGUGACGCGUGGUUGCUGACUAUCACAUGUCUGCUUCCUACGUCGAAGUUUAGAGUGUGUCGGGGGUCAGCCAAGGGAGCAAAGGCGUACUGAAACUGAUGCUUUUUAUAAUGAAGUUGAUUUUUUUUUAAAAACACUAGUCGUAUUUUUUUUAAGGCAAACACAUCUUCACUAUAUUUUUUUUCGACUGUCUGCCUCAGAAGUUUACAGUAGAGUAAAUGUUUUGGUUUUUUUAGACCCGUCCUCCCCCCUUACAGUACAUUAUAUACAUUACACUACGCAGAUCACCGUGUCCUCUUUAGAACAUUUUACCAGAACACUACAGUCAUCCCUCGCAAUAUCGCGUUUUUUCAGAAAUGAAUUACCGGUAACUCAUUCCAUCCCAGCCAUUUUUCAAAAGACAACCCCUACAGUCCCGCCCAUUUUAGACCAUUCUCACUGAUCUUUCAAGGCGCACAGAAUAUUGUGUUCUGUGUUCUAUAUAAACAUGAAACCUACCAAAAGAAAGAUUAGACGCCUGUCUUUCAUCAGGAAAAAAAUGAGUUUGUUUGUUUCUACCGUUUUCCGUUCUUUAGUGAUCAGCAGUAGAACGUAGGUAAGUUCCAGGAAAAUAUCAGCUCUUUUGUGACCGCUCAAAUAUCUAAACAACUACACCAACAUAAACAACACAAAAAUGGUUGUUUUACAUCAAUAUAAGAAUUUAUUAACAAAUAUAACACCAUGAACUAUUUACAAUUUUCACAUUUGGAGCUGAACUAUGUGUGUGCGCAUGCGUGCACGCGUGUGCGCAUGUGCAUGCGUUAAAAUUUCACUACAACCUGCAUGCUACACUCCUCCACGCUCUCUCACGUCCUGCUUCCUGCCAUGUGUGAUUUGUCCUAACAUGAGCCCUGCCGAGCUCACAUCAAGUGCACUUCUGCCACCUUGUGGCCAUUUUUAUGGCUUAAAAGUGCUCUGAAGUGUAAAUGCAUUAGUGGAGAAGUUGUAUCAUCACCCCUUUUUGUCUCUCGCGCAAAAAAAAUGUAAAAGACGUAUGAAGACGUUGUUGGGAUCGGGCGUUCGGGAUUAUAAAAAGUACGUCUUUGGUAUUGAAUGAGCUAAUGAAUAAAUCAUCACUGUUUCGUAGUAGAUUAUGGCCUAUUAUUUAAAAACCAUUUAAAAACAUGUUAAAAUACAAGUGAUAUGUAGUAUUCUGGUCAAUAAUGACACAAAACAUUGAGACCAGUGAUGUGCAUAACAUAGUGAUAUUGUUUCCGAUCCGAUACUGAGUAUUUUACUUAUUUAUUUUAAAUCCUGAAAUGUAUUGAGGUUGCGGGGUGAUUCAUCAUAUCCAAGCUAGUAUUACAACAACAACAAAAAACAGAGGGCACAUUUAUAUAAAAUUUGUGAAAAUUGUAUUUUAAGAAAAAUAUUAAGACCAUUAAAAUAAAGGAUUAAUUAUAAAGAACUACUGAAAACUAUUCUCACCUGGCUUCGUUUACGAUUGGCCAUUGUUUCAACAAAGAUUAUCUCAAGUAUCUAAAGUAUCUAUAUUUUGAUUUGAGAAGCGAUUUUAGAGCAUGAAGAGCUGGUAUCGGAAGCAUUCACAUUUCAGGAUCAAUCCGCACAUCACUAAUUGAGUCGUUACCUUACAUUGCAUUCCCUUAACACUGCAUGACGUCAGUCAUAGCAUGUCUGACAUGAUAGAGUGGGGAAAAAAGUUAUCCUCCCAUCUCGUGUGGAAGUGGUACGUUUUUAAGUUUAGAAAAAAUAUAAAUUUGAGGCUAACUGGUUAGCUUGCUAGCUUUGUAGCUCAGUAGCUUGCUAGCUAGCGGCUGCCUAGAGUCUCUGCAGCAUAAGAGUUGCAAUGUGGUGUAAACAAUGAAUACUAGGAGUGUAAAGGUGACUAUAGGAGUGUUAUUUCAUGUCUACAGGGCUCAAUGUUAAAAAGUGUAUUUAGAAAGUCAUAAACGGGUCUAACUCCGAAAACAUUCCAUUUAUUCAAUAUCGCAGAAAUUCGUGGGCAGGCCUGGAACCACUUAACCUGUAUAUACGCGGGACGACUGUACUGUACAUCCAACAAAGCCUUUUUAAAUUGUUUUAGCCCAGUUUUGUUUGAAAAUGUGGUGACAACUGUAUGUGUUUUUUUUUUCUUCCUUUUUACCGCAUUUUAGGGCCACACUUUGCUGUACCAAUAAUGUUGAAACUUUGGAUUUUACGAGAAUAAAGCUAUAAUAUGAAAAAAGUCACAAUUACUCAGAAAGUAAUAUUGCUGCAAAAAUGCAACUUAAAAUGUUUUUUUUUUUUUUUUUUUUUUUUACAGAAUUAAAGAAUAUGAUGAAGAAAAAAAGAAUAAAGUCGUCAGAAAAUGAUUCUUAGAACAAAAUACUGAUAUUGUGGCAAAAACCUAACAUUUUCCAAAAGUACAGUCCUAAUAUUGUAAGAAAAAAACUAAUAUCACCAACUAAUACUAAUGUGCAAAAAUAUGUGCGAAUAAAAUAUUUCUAGAUAUUAAAUCAAUAUUAAAGUCCUAAUUUGGGGAAAAAUAGUUUUAUGAAAAUGAAGGCAUAAUUAAGAAACAUGUUUAGAUUUUCCGAGAUUAUAAAAUACUAAUAUUGUGGCAAAAACAAAAUCUAAACAGUAAAAUCGUCAUCCUACAAGAAAAACCCCCACUGAGUUUUACAAGAAUAAACAAAUAUGCAUUCACAUUAUACACGAAUGUGACAAGAAUAUUUGAAAAAAAGCUGUAAUACGAGAAUGAACUUGUAUUACAAGCAUCGACUUGAGCUGACUUGCUGUUUAAGAAUGUCCUGUUUGAUGUGUCAUCAAGUUUCAUCACAUCAACACAUCAACCAUCAUCACGGAGCGUUUCAUGUGACUGUACAUUGUGUUAGUUGUGUGUUUUUAACAAAUAUGAAUGAUAUUACCUGAUGAAAAGGGUUCAGUGGGAAUUUUGUUCUUUUGAAUUUUAUUCUCUUGAUAUUACUCUUGACUAUUCUUGUUUUGUUUUGGUUUUUGUAUUUUUUUUCAGUAUGAUCCCAACACUCGUGUUUUAGUUAGUUUUUGGGUUUUUUUUUACUUAUUUUGGCUGUUUUGGUUAACAGUUGUAUGGAUGUAGGUCAGCCCUUUCACCCCCAUUUUACAAUUGUGUAUUGAAAUUCUGUGUCAUAUAAAUGAAUUCAUUCAGUCCUUCAGACGGAUUGUUAAUGAAAAUUACCUGCUAUAUUUAUUUUGACAUGUUUCUGUUGCGAUCUAUUGGCUUUUGUCAAGCCAAGUUCUCAAUUUCAGGUAAACAACAAAAAAAAUACAACAUGGUACUUUUUUGUAAAGUGAAACAGAUAGGGUGUUGGUUAAUUUCAUAAUAAAAGCUCAGUAGCUGAAC